CCCUGUCACUGCACCGCUCGCCUCCCUCCGGCUCGCCGCGCCCUCGCUCCCUCUCCUCGCCCCCUCGUUCGCUCUCUCCCCGUAUCGAGGCUGCUCGCGUCCUUCUCCCCCCACCCGCCUUCCUCUGGCGCCGCGGCCCCGGCCCCCGGCCCCAGCCCGCGGCGGGACCUCCGGGGUCGAAGGUUCUGGCCCGCCCGCGCCCCUCGUCGCCCCCGCGCGCCGCCCGCAGGCUCCGGCCGCUCGGCGAUGGAUCGCCUGCUCGCCCGGCGCUGAAGGCAUCCCCGGGACCCAGAGCGCAGCCCGGGAAAGAAACACACGGUGGUAUUGAUGAGGAGAUCCUUGGGUUUAGAAGUUGGCUGAAACACACCAUGCCUGCUCCCAUCCUUUGCUCCGGAAAGUUGUGAAUUGCUCAUGCCUAUAAGGAGGAAGGAUGGCACAUGGGAUUCCUUCUCAAGGCAAAGUUACCAUAACGGUGGAUGAGUACAGCUCAAACCCCACCCAGGCAUUCACCCACUACAACAUCAACCAGAGCAGAUUCCAGCCGCCACAUGUACAUAUGGUCGACCCCAUCCCAUAUGACACUCCAAAACCAGCGGGCCACACGCGGUUUGUCUGCAUCUCAGACACACACUCCAGAACAGAUGGUAUCCAGAUGCCUUAUGGGGACAUCCUUCUCCACACAGGCGAUUUCACCGAGCUGGGACUGCCCUCAGAGGUUAAGAAGUUUAAUGACUGGUUAGGAAACCUGCCAUAUGAAUAUAAAAUAGUGAUUGCUGGGAAUCAUGAACUGACAUUUGACAAGGAAUUCAUGGCAGACCUUGUUAAACAGGACUACUAUCGUUUCCCCUCUGUGUCCAAAUUGAAACCAGAGGACUUUGACAACGUGCAGUCCCUCCUGACAAACAGUAUUUACUUACAAGACUCGGAGGUGACAGUGAAGGGAUUCAGGAUAUACGGUGCACCUUGGACCCCGUGGUUUAAUGGAUGGGGCUUUAACCUACCCAGAGGUCAGUCUCUGCUGGACAAGUGGAAUCUCAUCCCUGAGGGCAUCGACAUACUCAUGACACACGGACCUCCUCUAGGUUUUCGAGACUGGGUUCCAAAGGAGCUUCAAAGGGUGGGCUGUGUGGAGCUUUUAAACACAGUCCAGAGGCGAGUCCGGCCCAAACUCCAUGUAUUUGGUGGAAUCCAUGAAGGUUACGGCAUCAUGACCGAUGGGUACACAACAUACAUCAAUGCCUCAACGUGUACAGUCAGCUUUCAACCAACCAACCCACCAAUUAUAUUUGACCUUCCAAACCCACAGGGUUCCUGAAGCUCUAAAUGCCCAAUUGGAAUGUGAGGGAAGGUCUAUAAACUGCCAUUUUUCUAAUUAUAAACUUACAUUCUCUUACUUGUUUAUUUCCAAAUCCUGUGAGUUCUUUUUGUAACUUACUGGGACACAAAUGAUGCUAGAUAUUGCGCUUCUCCUUAUUAUUAUUUUUCUUAAAUGCGGCAGCCAUUCAAAAUCAAAGGAGCAUUGUGAAUUUGUAAAAUGACUUCUGUCGUCUCAAAGGCCACGCCAUUGUAAAUUGUUAGUGUUCGCCAAAGGACAGCCCAGCUUUCUUUUUAAAAGGUGAUAAAAGUCUUAUUUUAAUAUGCUUUAAGCUAGAAGAAAAAGAAAGAAAAAGAGAAACAGGUAGGCAGUGUUUUAAAAACUACCCAAAUUUGCACAACUGUUUUAGAGUAUUGUUUGAAGUAUUUUUUUUUUUUUGAUGUUUUAUUGUCGUUCUUGUUGUUUUCCUGGUAAUGCUUCUAUUUUGCAGCAGUGGCCUGGAAUUAUUGCAAUCAUUUCAACAAAAGUAGGAGUGGAAAAGACUUCUCUUCACGCUCUCACUGUAAAGAAAGCUGUGUCAAGGGAAGAAAAUGGCCCUCACUUAAAGGAUGGCUUAGCUAGUGAGAUACUUAUUGUGGCUAUACAAGGUCUCAUUGUUUGUUUGUUUCUUUUAAAUUAUUUUAGCUUUAAAAAUGUGGAAAAGGAAUCUGUCAAGAGCAGGAAUUUCAUGCAGUUAAAAAAAAAACCAGCUUACAGACUCCUUUUCAAUAUGGGUUUCUAUAUAUAAAUAUUUUGUGUGUAUUUGGCUAAGUUAGGAGUUUACUAUUGCCAAGGACGGUACACCUGCAAAGCGAUGCUUCACUGCAGGGCAUCAGAAGUCCAUCGGAGCUGAUGCCGUCUCUCAGAACUCAAGGUCUUAAAGAGCUUGAGGAAAAUCUAGGUACAGUUACAGGCGUGUAGACAUAUAAGUGGAUGCAAUGGAAGCUAACUAAAAUAAGGCUUAGUUGUCCUUUAUAUUUAAAUACCCUGAAUUGUCUUCUUACUUCCUCUCCCCUCCCCCAUUUUGCACUGUGUGUCGAUGCAAUCUUCGCUAGCACAAAAUAUUGUCGCUAAUAGUCAUUUCUGUUUUCCCAUUGUAAAUGCUGUUGAGCUUUAUUCUAUUUUAUGUUAUCUUGUUAAUGAAGUUUAGGAAAGCAGUUGUUUCUUUAAAUUUAUUGUGAUAUUCUAUAUCUAGCGGCCUUUAUAUGCAAAUAAAAUUGCAAGAUUUU